AUGCCGUUUUGUGCCUGGGUGCGAACGGCGUUUCCUCUCGGGGCUCUGCCGGACCCUCAACUCCCACGGCCGGGGGCGCUCAGCCACGCGCUCUGUCGGGCGACGCUCGGCGCUCCCCUGCUGGCCACCGUGCCCCUGGGUUUGAAGGAGUCCCUCCCUCGACGAGGCGGGGGGGUCGUCCCCCCAGGGGCGGGGGGGUCGUCGCCCCCCCCUAAGCGUGUUAAGAGGAACUUCAUGGCCACUCAGCGGUCAGCCAGACCCUUCUCACCCCCGUUAGCUGAGUGGCCGCGACUGGAGUACCACCCUCCCCCCUUUGGUCGGUAUCGGUACUACGAGAUUCCUGCGACCUCGAAUCUGUCCCGGGCCUCAAGGCCGAGGUUCCCCGAAGCUUCCCAGGUCGGCCCGUUCGGUGAUUUCCAACCACGGGUCAUUGAUAUGCCGCCGGAAUGCCGCUUUCGGGACCCCCGGUUCGAGUGCCGGUCCGAUGUAGGCAGCUCCAGCUAG